AUGAAUUUCAAAACACUUUCCAUCCUUCUCGCCAUCUUCGGCAUCGCUUCCCAGCGCAGCGUCCUCGCCAUCCCCGCCGUAUCAACCAUGACAAUGUACAACAACCACUCCGCCACCAAAACAACCACCAUGACCGCCUCCAUCUCGACCGACAGCUCGACCACAACUUCCACACCAAGUACCGAUACCACAAGCUUAAGCUCCGUCUUCACCGUCGAUCUUGCGACCAUGAGUUCCAGCGACAUCAUGUCUGUAUACAGCAGCGCUACUUCUAGCGUUAUGGAUGACAUGAUGAGUUCAAUGAGCACGGUCAUGUCUUCUGCUAUGGGGAAGUGCAGUGAUUACCUGACAUAUGCGGAUUAUUAUGUCAAUGUUAAUGCUGCAUCGGCUACUGGUAAGACUAGUGGCAAGACCAGUGGCAAGACCAGUGGCAAGACCAGUGGCAAGACGACAAAGUCUAAGGCUACGACGACUGUAAAGUCGUCUUCGGCAAAAAUUACUUCGGCAAAGACCAGUCAAGCUGCCGAAACGGCUGCUGCCACCAGUUCUUAG